CGCCCCCCACUCCAAGUAUUAAUUUACAUUUCUAAGGGUCCUGUCUACAACUGAACUGUUUCCAACAGAGAAAUAAACAGAUUUAACAGACACCUUCAUAACAGGAGAGAUGAACUGAUGUAUUUUCCUCUUCUGGGGUUCAUCUGAAGUCACUUGCCAUAGAGAAGUAUCGCUCAGGACUGAUUUGAGGAACUACUCUUCUGCUGAAUCUGGAAGGGAAGUUUGAGUGCAGAAACCAACAUUAUACAGCGGCCUCUGACGCACAGCAUUUGGAUAUUAGCACCAGCAUCCACUUUCACCAAGGUCUGGACCAGACAGACAUACCAGAGGGACUGUCCCGUGCACGGAGCAUAAUGGCAGAGCCAGACUAUAUGGACGGUGAUACCGAUGAACUCGUUAAGCCAAAGAAACUCCUCAACCCAGUGAAGUCCUCCAGAGAUCACCAGGACUUACACAGAGAGCUCCUCAUGAACCAGAAGAGGGGCCUUGCGCCGCAGAAUAAACCAGAACUCCAGAAAGUGAUGGAAAAGAGGAAGAGAGACCAGGUGCUGAAGACUCAGAAAGAGGAGCAGGAGGCGCACAAGAAAAAGUCAGACCUUGAGAUCGAGCUCAUGAAGAGACGAGAGACCCUGGAACAGCUGGAAUUGGAGCAACAUAAGAAUGAAGAGGAGCAAGAAAACACCCCAGAGUUUGUCAAAAUGAAAAGCAAUCUGAGAAGAACCAAACAGGAAGUGGACGGGCAGGAGCGUGCCACCUAGAAACAGUUUCUAUGGCACAUUUGUUGACAUGGCAACUGCACUGUGUUUUGUGGGGAUUUCCUGGUGUUCCUCCCCCAUGUGUCCCUGUGAAACAAGUGACUGAAGAUGAACUGUUCCUGUUGCCUGCUCGCAGACACAACCAGUAUUCACGCUGCCUCUUUUUCUGAACAACGAUUACAAAUAAAGAGGAUUGAAGAAUAAACGACAUGCAUACACACAAACUCUUGCACAUGGGCGCAGCCUCUUUACCACUGGUUGACCGGCUUCAAAGAACAUGCAUGGCGGAACAAACAGAGACCACAUGAUUACUUUGUUUGGUUUUUUUUUUUUUGGAGGGGGGCACAUAUUAUUUUACUAUUUUACAUUAAAACCUAAAAUGGGACACUGGAUAUGGACUCUUUUAAGCCAAAACAAUCCUCUUUUAUUUAUGUUCAAUGUAAGCUUUUGUUUGAAAGGGCUUCUCCGAGACAUUUUUCUCUUGGUUGAUUAUUGAAAAAGAAAGGAAAGUAAAUAUGCAAGGUGUGAUGCAUCAUGCUUGCUUUUUGUGAAUUGUAAUGUUUGUGCGCCCCCUCUGCUAAAUUACAUAAGCAAUACUAGAUCUAGUUUUGUGAGUUUUCUUUGCAAAUAUUUUUGUUAUAACUUUUUUAAUGAAUACAUUGCUAAUAAGUUAAUACACUUUAGUUCAGUGUGAUAUUAUACACAAGUGCAUCUGUUUUCUUUCACUUGAAUGGUAGUUGUUCUUAAGAGUUUAAAAAGAACAUGAAAUGUUUAUUAAUGUAGAUUUGAGCCAAUAAAUAACCACUUUUUGUGUUGUUUUAAAACCUUCUUUUAAUAAAUAUUAUUUUAUCAUGUUAA